AUGAUGUUAGCAUCCACUGUAAGCACAAGCUACAGGGAUAACUGUCUGCCUGAAGAAAACAGCCUACAACACAAAAUACCAAACCGGAGUGCUGUAGCAGGUUUUACUCCUGCUGGGCUGAAGAUGAAAAUGACGCGGGCACCGGUUUCUGUAAUUUUCGACUUUGUUGCUGCGAUCUUCCCGAAAUCUCGACUUUGGUCAACCUUCGUCCAAUCGCACACUUAUUCCGACAAUGUAGUUCAACUUGCGCCGUACUUACUAGGUAGAACCGACGAGUCCCCAGCUGACGUCUGUUCCUCGCCGCGCUGCUCGUCUUUGAGUUGGGAUCCGUCUUGUGCGUUGUGGCUCCGAACUCCGUCCUCCUCAUCGUCGGCCGAGCAAUCUCAGGAGUGGGCGCAGUAG